AUGAUUGCACGAGAAUGCAAACUAGUCAAGCGAUUCCAGUGUUUGCACACUGCAUGUACAAGCUCAGCCACUGACCAACAACUCAAGGCAAUACUGUCGGCCGAUGAGCUGAGUUUAUGUGAACGCAAAAAGUUCACCGAAAAUUUGGCAUCGCUAAAAGGCAUUGUGGAAUGUCCAGUAGGAACGUGUGGAGCGUGUUAUUUUUUCGAUGAGCAACAAAAACUCAAUUGCUCAUCACAUACACCAAAUUUCGCUGAAUGCACUUAUUGCAAAUAUGUGUUUUGCAUGGAGUGUAGAAAUGCUUAUCAUGGUACACAACCUUGCGAAAUUGACUCAGAACAGCGCAGAAAACUGUUGACGAAAUACGGAAACGUCGAAUCAGUCGAUAAGAAUGGAGUAUUGGCAGCUUUUGGGGGAGAAAGAAAUUUGGCCAAGUACAUUGCAAAGUUGAAGUGUGACGAGUGGAUUGACGGAAACUGCAAGCAGUGUCCAACAGGUUUACGGGAUGCCGAAAUAUGUGUUGUUCGAUGUGUGACACCCAGUUCUGCUGGAUUUGCUGCAAGACGGAAUGUGACGAUCCAGAACUUUGUUGGUGGUUUUGUUGUUAUCGUUUGUGACUACCUCGAUGAGGAUUACGAAUGCGACGAGGAACUGCAAGCGGAUGAUGAUGAUCGACGGGAGGGCUAUGAGGAGGUUCCGUGGCCAUCAUACCGGCCGGCUGAUAUUUAA